AUGGAAAGCUCAAAGAGUAGAUUCUACGAGUUGCGCAAGCGCCGCGUCCUGAGGGUGCCGGACGCGACAAAGCCGCUCUUCGUCUCGGGCGUCACGUACCGCGCCGGGCGCUUCCGCUGGGCUAAGCCGUGCCUGCUGGUGGUGACGUCGGCAGCAGUGUUCGUAUUGGAUGUGCAGAGCCAGGGGGAGCUGGAGGCCAGGGAUGGCAGCCAUGCCAGCAUCCAGCUGGCGCUGCGCGCGAGCGAGGCGCGGCGCGGACGCCCGCACGCGCCCCUGCGCGCAGUCGAGCGCAGCGCGCCCAGCACGGCCGGCGGCAGCGCCCCGCUGCCCCCGCGUGGCGGGGCCGGCGGCGCGGCGCUCAGCAUCCGGGCGUGCUCGCCCGGUCCCUCCAUUUCGCGCGCCCCGUCGCCGUUCAGCCCCUCGUUCGUGCGGGCAGGGUCGCCUUGCAGCCCGUCAUCGGCUCGCGCGCGCGCCUUUGGCUCGUUGGAUGGCGCCUUCUCCCGCGCGGCUGCCCUCACCGCCGCCGGCAACGGCAGCGUGCACGGCGGCAGCGCGUAUGGCGGCAGCGCGUGCGGCGGCAGCGUGUGCGGCGACGACGACGCGGCCAGCAGCUGCGGCGGCGGCGGCGGCGGCGCCAGCGGCGGCGGCGAGUCGGUGCACCGAGUUGACCACUGCACGAUCACUUUCGACGACGCCGAGACGGCGCGCGCCGCGGCCGGCGCCAUCGCGUACGCGCGCGGCGCGGACGCCGACGCGGCGCGGUGGCUGGCGUGCGGGCUACCGACGAGCUUCAGUAUCGAAUUGGCAGGCGCCGCGUUCGAGGCUCCCCCGCGCGCCUCUACGCCGCCUGCACCUACGCCUGUGCCGGCGGCAUUCGCGCUCGGGCCGGGGCCUUGGGGCGCGACCGUUGAGCUGCCGCCUGUGUGGUGCGAGCACCUGUCCGUGGCCGCCGCGGCGGGCAGCGAGACGCCCCUGUCGCGCGGCGCGUCGCUCGCCGCGGCCGGCCGCCGCACCUUGAGCGUGCCCGGUGCCGCUCCCGGCCGCCCGUCGCUCUGCGGGGCGGGCGCGGACGCUGGAAGCUGCCGAGAAGCUGCUGCGCUGGUGGUCACGUUCAGCACGCCCCUCGGGCUUGCUGCCGCAAGGGUGCGGCCAGAGCACCUGCUCGCCCUGCUGCACGAUGAGUCAGCGGACGGCGUCCUCGCGCCCCCGCUGAACCCCUACUUUUCGGCGGCGCCGGCGUCGGCGGCCGGGCGCGCCCCGACCCCCGUCGGCACGGGCGCGGGUGCUGCAGGGCCAGCGGCGGCGGCGGCGCAGCCGUGUUUCCUCCACAGGGUGCGCGCGUCGGUGCUGCCCAAGAACCCGGCAGCCGCCGAGGCGGCCGCGGCGCAGCACGGCGGCGCGGCGGGGCCGAGCGGGGCGGUGGAAGUGGAGCACUCCCAGUGCAUCUACGCUGUCCUGCAGAUCGCACUCGUCAAGGCGCCCGCACCUGCGCUCGCGGCGGCGCCGUCGGCCGACCUCUUGGCACCCGCCGCCCAGCAGCAGCUGCCGGCGGCGCAGCCGUCCCUGCCGUCCCCGGUGCUCGACGCCCCCCGGGCGCCGCAAGUCAGCAGCGCCGGCCGCGGCUGGCAGCAGCGGCAGCAGCAAGAGCAGCGACAGCAGCGGCAGCAGCAGCAGGAGGAGAGGCGCAGCAGAUGGCGCGCACACGCCUCCGACCUGCCGCGGUCGUUCGGGCCUGUGGUCGCGGCGCUGCUGGUGCAGGCGGCGCUCCUGUCGGGCGACGACGCGCAGCGCGCGCCGCUUGAGCGCUUGCGCGCCGGCCUGCCGCCGCGAGUGCUGCUUGGCGCGCUGCUGCUGGCGGCGCUCGCGGCACUCGCCUUGGAUUUGUUGAGGAGGGAUGCGCAGUCCGCGGCGGCCCGCAAGGCAGCCGGGGCCGAGGGCGACGCGCUGGCCAAGGACCGGCGGCAGCUGCAGCAGCAGCAGCAGCAGCAGCAGCAGCAGCAGCGGGAAGCGCCGUGUGCAGAGGCGCCGCCCGCCGCCCCAGCCCCGAUCCCACCAACCGAGUCACGGCCCGCAGCGGCGGCGCAGCUCGCGGCGCCCGCAGCGGCGGCGCGUGAGCGGUGGAGCGUGUGCAUCGUUGGGGCUUCGCUGUACACACAGCCAGACGCGUACAUCCAGGCUCAGGUGCGCGACUUCAAGGCGGCGGCCGCUGCCGCCGUCGCCGCUGCCGCCGCAGCCGCUGCGGCCACCGAGGCAGGUGCUGCCGCGACGCCGUGCGAGCGCUCCGCAUCCAGUCUUGUCUCGUGCAGCGGCGACGACGGCGAUGAAACGGAGGCCGAGGCGGCGGCCGAGGCAGGGUCGUCGUCGGCGGCGGGCGGGGCGGCGGAGGGGCACGGGACCGCGCGGCGGGCGCUGCCGAUGCUCAUCUCUGACCCCGAGCCGUCCUGGAUCACGCCAGACAUCCACCAGAGGUUCAUCCAGGCCAAGUCCUCCCUCAGGGCCAGCCAGGACCAGGCGGCGGCGACCCACCAGUGGCGCCAGAGGAACGGCGUCGACUCCGUCCUCGAGCGGCCCCCGGGGCCAUGGUACGAGGCAGCUCCUCCUAUCCCCCUCUUCCCGCCCGCCAACCCCCUCAGAUCAGGAUCGUGGGCGUGA